AUGGCGGCCCUUCCCGGCACCGUCCCGAGGAUGAUGCGGCCGGCCCCCGGGCAGAACUAUCCCCGCACCGGAUUCCCUCUGGAAGUGUCCACGCCACUUGGCCAAGGCCGGGUCAAUCAGCUUGGUGGGGUCUUCAUCAACGGGCGACCCCUGCCUAACCACAUCCGCCACAAGAUCGUGGAGAUGGCCCACCAUGGCAUCCGGCCCUGUGUCAUCUCCCGCCAGCUGCGUGUCUCCCAUGGCUGCGUCUCCAAGAUUCUCUGCCGCUACCAGGAGACUGGGUCCAUCCGUCCUGGGGCCAUCGGCGGCAGCAAGCCCAGACAGGUGGCGACUCCGGAUGUGGAGAAAAAGAUCGAGGAAUACAAGAGAGAAAACCCAGGCAUGUUCAGCUGGGAGAUCCGAGACAGGCUACUGAAGGACGGACACUGUGACCGCAGCACGGUGCCCUCAGGUUUAGUGAGUUCGAUUAGCCGCGUGCUCAGAAUCAAGUUCGGGAAGAAAGAGGAGGAGGAUGAAGCGGACAAGAAGGAGGACGACGGCGAGAAGAAAGCCAAGCACAGCAUCGAUGGCAUCCUGGGCGACAAAGGGAACCGGCUGGACGAGGGCUCGGACGUGGAGUCAGAACCCGACCUCCCUCUGAAACGCAAGCAGCGCCGCAGUCGGACCACGUUCACGGCUGAGCAGCUGGAGGAGCUGGAGAAGGCCUUCGAGAGGACCCACUACCCGGACAUCUACACCCGCGAGGAGCUGGCGCAGAGGACCAAGCUGACGGAGGCACGUGUGCAGGUCUGGUUCAGUAACCGCCGUGCCCGCUGGCGUAAGCAGGCAGGAGCCAACCAGCUGGCAGCGUUCAACCACCUUCUGCCUGGGGGCUUCCCGCCCACUGGCAUGCCCACGCUGCCCCCCUACCAGCUGCCGGACUCCACCUACCCCACUACCACCAUCUCUCAAGAUGGGGGCAGCACCGUGCACCGGCCGCAGCCGCUCCCUCCGUCCACCAUGCACCAGGGGGGGCUGGCCGCGGCCGCCGCAGCCGCCGACACCAGCUCUGCCUACGGAGCCCGCCACAGCUUCUCCAGCUACUCGGACAGCUUCAUGAACCCGGCGGCGUCCUCCAACCACAUGAACCCCGUCAGCAACGGCCUGUCUCCCCAGGUAAUGAGCAUCCUGAGCAACCCCAGCGCCGUGCCGCCGCAGCCACAGGCCGACUUCUCCAUCUCCCCGCUGCAUGGUGGGCUGGACUCGGCCACAUCCAUCUCGGCCAGCUGCAGCCAGCGGGCCGACUCCAUCAAGCCCGGAGACAGCCUGCCCACCUCCCAGUCCUACUGCCCGCCUACCUACAGCACCACCGGCUACAGCGUGGACCCCGUGGCUGGCUACCAGUACGGCCAGUACGGCCAAACUGCUGUUGAUUACCUGGCCAAAAACGUGAGCCUCUCCACACAGCGUCGUAUGAAGCUUGGGGAGCAUUCUGCUGUGCUGGGACUCCUGCCUGUGGAAACUGGCCAGGCCUACUAG